AUGACUAAAGAGGAGACCGUGGAGGUGGAGGAGGCGCAGCCAGCCUCAGAGUACCACAGCCCCGUCCAUGAGCCACGCAAAAAGCCCAUCAUCCACCCGUCUGCCCAGGCUCCACUCCCCAAAGACUACGCGUUCACAUUCUUUGAUCCGAAUGAUCCGGCCUGUAUGGAGAUCCUGCUGGAUCCCCAGACGACUAUUCCAGAGCUGUUCGCCAUUAUUCGGCAGUGGGUUCCACAGGUGCAGCACAAGAUUGACAUUAUAGGCAACGAGAUUUUGAAGCGUGGUUGCCACGUGAACGACCGGGAUGGACUCACAGACAUGACCCUCCUGCACUACAGCUGCAAAGCUGGAGCCCAUGGGGUUGGUGACCCUGAUGCGGCACUUAGGUUGUCCAAUCAGCUGAUUGCCCUGGGUGCUGAUGUCAGUCUGCGCAGUCGCUGGACGAACAUGAAUGCUCUACACUAUGCCGCCUAUUUUGACGUGCCUGAGCUGAUCCAUGUCAUUCUGAAAGCAGCCAAACCGAGAGUGCUCAACUCCACCUGCAGUGAUUUCUACCAUGGCACAGCCCUGCACAUCGCUGCCUCCAACCUCUGCCUUGGAGCAGUCAAAUGUCUGCUGGAGCACGGUGCCAACCCCACCGUCAGGAAUGAUAAAGGCCAGGUCCCUGCGGAGGUUGUACCCGAUCCUAUGGACAUGAGUCUGGACAAGGCAGAGGCUGCCAUGGUUGCCAAGGAGCUGAAACAGCUGCUGCUGGAUGCUGUGCCACUCAGCUGCCACCUGCCCCGCGCCACCUUGCCAAACUACGACAACAUCCCUGGCAACCUCAUGCUGGCCUCGCUGGGUCUGAAACUGGGAGACCGCGUGGUCCUAGACGACAUGAAGACUGGCACUCUGCGUUUCUGUGGCACCACUGAGUUUGCUAGCGGGCAGUGGGUGGGCAUCGAACUGGACGAGCCAGAGGGCAAGAAUGACGGCAGUGUGGGAGGGGUGCGCUACUUCAUCUGCCCCCCAAAAUUGGGUAUCUUUGCUCCAGUGUCCAAAAUCUCUAAAGCUGUUGAUCAGACACCCUCCUCAGUCACCUCCACCCCCAAAACCCCCCGCAUGGACCUUUCCCGCGUCACUGGCAAGAUCAAGAAAGAGAAGAAAGAGAAGGACCGAGAAAAGGCCUUGAGGAAGAAGUCUCUGUCUGUUGGGAGUUUAGACCCAGAUGGAGUGAAGGUGGAACUAGGAGACCAAGUGCUUGUUGCAGGGCAAAAACAGGGGAUUGUACGCUUUUAUGGCAAGACAGACUUUGCUCCAGGUUACUGGUUUGGUAUCGAGUUGGAGCAGCCCACAGGAAAACAUGACGGCUCAGUGUUUGGGGUCCGUUACUUCCACUGCCUCCCCAAAUAUGGAGUUUUUGCACCCCCUUCUCGUGUUCAAAGAAUUGGCGGGCCUAAGGACUCUCAGGGCGACGGGGCACUGGUGAAGAAAGUUCACCAGGUGACUAUGUCUCAACCGAAGCGCAACUUCAAUGCAGUGAGGUCCCCCAAAGACAUUACAUCAGAGAGCUCCAUAUCCAGGUUGCUUUUCUGUUGCUGGUUCCCAUGGAUGCUUCGUGCCGAGAUGCAAUCCUGA